AUGUUACUCAAACCCGCGACACCAUUGACUGUUCUUCUCCUGGUCGCCUUCGUCCUUCUCCUUCUCUCGGUGCUGUCUACUCCCAUAGUCAAGAACAUUCCAUUGGCAACCUUUGACAACGUUGAAUAUGGUGUUUUUGGGUACUGCAAAGCCGGCAAAUGCACAGCCAUCCAUGUCGGCUAUACUACCGAGGAUAUUAGGAAUACUGGAAGUAGCGAUAGCGACUUCAAUCUCCCUUCGGACGCACGGAAAUCCCUCUCAUCUAUCCUCAUCGUCCACCCAAUCGCCGCUUUCCUAACACUGAUAUGUCUUUGCCUUGCUGCAGCGGCCCACUUUCACGCACCAUCGCAUUCACCGCGCUACCUCCUCGCCCUGUUGAUUCUACUCCUCCCGACCCUGCUUGUGUCUCUUCUAGCUUUCCUAGUUGACAUACUGCUGUUCGUGCCUCACCUAUCAUGGGGUGGCUGGAUUGUGCUCGCUGCAACCAUUAUCCUGGUUACAUGCGGAGUAGUCACUUGCGCGAUGCGCCGAACCUUGGUCAGCCGUAAGGCUCGAAAGCGGCGCAUCGCCGAAAACGCGGAAAUGAGUGGGGAUAAUUACUACAACCGUCAAAAUGUGGCAGCUGCGGCUUUCAAUGAGCCCAAACCGAUCGCACCUGAGGCCAAGGAAACAUUCGUCGCCGCAUCUCAAAGCUCCGAAUCUGCGCCCACAUUCGCUACCUUCCGCACCACUACCCGGGAAAGCGACGAUGACCGUACACCUUUGAAUAAUCUUCCGAAUCAUAACCAGAGUGACCCUGCAGUACAGGACAACGCGUAUUCAUCACGAAUUCCAGGAGACCCGGUACCGUAUAACGCUCCGCGAGACGAAUAUGGAAACCCUCUGCCGCCAGUUCCAUACAAUGCUGGGUCUAGAAUGCGCACUCCUGGACCUCCGGACUCUAGAAUGCGCGAUCAGAAUCCAGACUCACGAAGAGGGCCCCUUCCUCCAGGAGGCGCUCCUCGCGGCCGUGGCGGGUAUCCGCCUCGUGGUGGGUAUCCGCCUCGUGGUGGGUAUGGUCGCGGUAGUCCAUAUGGCGGCGCUCCUUACGGGCCCAAUCCCCGUGGACCUCCGCCUGGCCGGAAUGGCUCAAUGCGCGGAGGGCCUCCUGGCACUAUGGCACGUGGAGGAUACCGGCCAUCACCAGCGAUGGCUGGAUAUGGCCCCGCAUCACGGCCAAUGGUCGAAGAGGAUUACGGCUAUCGCGGAACUGCCCCUAGACAACUGUCUCCUGGUCCAAUAGGAAUGGCCGUGUCCGCAGAACCAGGUCCAGUCGGUCAAGCAAUUGAGAUGAUGCCGCAACAGCGCCAUGAGUCGGAGCUGCAGGACACCAUUCCCGAACCCCGUGCGCCGCAUGAAAGGUUUCAUGAGCCUCUGCUAAUCAUAUCUCAGCCCAAACAGCAGAGUCAACCGCGUCACGUUCGUUCUCACUCGGGUGGUUUGUAUUACGAGGAUGAGGAUCCUGUGUAUACAAGUCGGAACGAGUCGGCAGCUGGUAACCCUCGGGUGCCAUCGGCCUUGACACCAGGGAAUUCUGCGAAGUAA